AUGUUCACGGCCAUCUACAUCUCGAAUCAGGAGCUUACUCCGGUUGAGAAGCUAUAUUACCUCAACCAAAAAACCAAAGGAGAAGCCAAAGACAUUGUGAUGGAGAGUGAAUGUGGUAGCUCUAUUAAAAGAUUGCAGCGUGAUAUCAACAAUUGUUUGUCAUCCCUCAAGAGUCAUCAAAUUGACAUUUCAAAUUGGGACUCAAUUGUUAUAUAUCUUUGCUCGACUAAAUUGCCUGACAGCACUUUGGCUCUAUGGGAGCAAACCAUAGACCACACAGGCGAUUUACCGAAGUGGGAAGAUAUGGAUAAGUUCCUAUCUAAUAGGUUCCAAACCCUGGAAACCCUGACAGGUUUAAAGGGUACAAAAGCAGUUAAGGCACCAAAGCCGCAAAACAAUAAAAACCCUUCAGAAGCCCAUACCAAAAGACUUGGUGCAUUCCAAACAAAUGUGCCAAAGGCAACAGCGGCUCGAACGCCGCCGGGACCUGCCAAUAACACCGCAUCCUCCUCUCAGCAGGCUCCAGCAAAGCGCAGCUUUAAUAACAGAACACAUAACAAUAAAAGCAAAGACGUUAAGUCUUGUUAUGCUAACACAAAUUCAGGUGUGCUCUUAGGAACAGCUCGCGUAAAUAUACGUCUCAAUGGCACAGAUUUUUCUGCUCGAGCACUUAUUGACUCUGGUUCUGAGUGUUCGUUCAUAACAGAACGACUCAAACGCAGAAUCAACCUGCCAGCUAAGAGGAUGCAUGCCCAAGUCUCGGGCAUUACGAAUGCAACCUCUGCGCAGGUCAAAGAGGCAUGCAGCAUAGAACUUCGAUCCCCUGUUGAUCCAUUGUUCAGCCUGCAUGCAACAGUGCUCGUCCUAACAAGACUAACCGGAAAUCUACCAUCCUGUCAUAUCAGCGCUAUGACUAUGCAGGCAUUUCCAGGUCUUGCUCUAGCUGAUAAACGGUUCUACGUGAAUGAAGAAGUAGACCUUGUACUUGGCGGAGACAUUUAUCCCCAAAUUAUUCUAUGCGGCUUGAAGAAGAAUGUACUCAGUACACUUCUCGCCCAAGAAACAGUGUUCGGUUGGAUAUUAACAGGAUGCACAGAGGCACCCAAUCCAACCAACAAUAUAGUUUCGUAUCACAGUGAAGUUGCCUUGGACAAACAACUAACUGCAUUCUGGGAACUCGAAGACAUACCAAAAAACAAAAGCUUGAACGAAGACGACAAAUACUGUGACAAACUUUAUCGGGAGACAACUCGUAGACGAGAAGACGGAAAAUACGUAGUCUCGCUACCAUUCAGGCAGGAAUUUCCCGCAAACAUCUGCCUAGGCCCUUCUCUUAAAAAAGCAUGCUCUCAGUUCUUCCGGAAUGAGACACGGCUUGCAAAGGAUACCGUCCUACAAAAAGAGUAUAAUAGGGUACUAGCUGAAUAUGAAUCACUAGGACACAUGUCCAGAAUAAAUGAUGGUAUUUCAGCAAACUCUUCCGAUAACUACUUUCUGCCUCACCACGCUGUCAUAAAGGCAGAAAGUACCUCCACUAAAGUUCGAGUCGUCUUUAAUGCCUCAAGUACAACGGCUAAUGGCACAAGUCUGAACGACGUACUUCUCCCAGGUCCAGUUCUCCAAGCAGAUCUUCCGAUCCUUAUACUCCGCUGGAGGUUAUACAGAUACGUUUUUAAUAGUGACAUCGAGAAGAUGUACCGACAAAUUUGGGUGGAUAGCAACCAUACCAAAUAUCAGCGGAUAGUUUACCGUACAAACCCGAACGAACCUGUAAGUCUAUACGAAUUAAAGACUGUCACUUUCGGGAUUAAUUGUGCUCCUUACCUCGCGAUAAGGACACUUCUACAACUGGCUGACGAUGUAGAAAGUUCUUCCCCAAUAGCAUCUAACAUACUUCGGAAAUGCAUGUAUGUGGAUGACGUGCUAGCUGGAGGACAUAGCAUCGACUCUACCGUAAAAGCAAGAGAUGAAAUCUCGGAAGUACUACGGUCAGCCGGUUUUCCGCUAAGGAAAUGGACCUCAAACUGUGCGGAAAUUCUAAAGGACAUCCCAAAAACGGAUCUACUCAGUGAAGACUUUUUGGCAUUCGAAGAUACCAGCACGGUUAAGGCUCUUGGCAUAAGAUGGAAUGCCCAUACCGAUCUAUUCUAUUUCAUGGCAAGACCAUUGGAGGACCGCGAGACACCUACAAAAAGGGCGAUACUAUCAGCUAUCGCCAAGCUAUUUGAUCCGCUAGGAUGGCUUGCUCCAAUAGUCGUCGUGGCCAAAAUAAUCAUGCAGAGUAUUUGGCUAGAAGGCACAGACUGGGAUGAGACUGUGUCUUCUACUACUAUGGAACGAUGGCACAAUUUUACCAAACAUUACCAUGAAAUAGACAAUAUUAGAAUACCUCGAUGGGUACACUUCGCACCAGGAGAUGACAUCGAGAUACAUGGUUUCUGCGACGCAUCGGAAAAAGCAUAUGCGGCUACUGCAUACAUGCGCGUCAAAAGAGAUGACAAAGUUUUGGUCAGCCUACUUUUGGCAAAAACCAAAGUAGCUCCUGUCAAAACAAUAUCGCUACCACGACUAGAGCUUUGCGGAGCCGUACUGCUCGCGGAAAUCAUAGAAUCAGUAAUCAAGAACCUCAACCUAGGAUCUACCGAGAGCUUUGAGAGUGUUAACAUAUGUCAUGAGAUUCUAUCGAAGAACUCACCCGAAAACUAA